AUGUCGUCGCCGCCAUCCUGGCUCUUCUCCUCGAACCGCACCACCACCGUCACCGCUGCCCAGAAACCGACUCCAGACCGCUCCACCACGAUGGGCAAAAAGACCAGCAGCGCAGCCGCCGCCUCCGCGGUCCCGGCUCUGCUGAUGGAUGCGGUAGAGCGCUUCCUCAAUGAUCACGCCUCUUCCGCCACGCACAAGGCCUUUCGCGAGCACCGCAAGGCCAAGGGCCUGGCCUCCAGCAAGGAUGCGGCGGCGGCCGCGCCUGUCUUGGUCGACAUCUUCGCUGCGUGGCAGCAGGCGACGACCAAGAGUGACGAGGAGGAUAAGAAUGAGGAGAGCUCCGACAGCUCCGACAGCAGCGAUAGCUCCGACGACGACGACAGCAGCAGCGAGGAGGAGAAGACCGAGGUUCCUGUCAAGCAGGAGCCGGCCAAGUCGCUGAAGCGCAAGGCACCGGAGAGUGACACCUCGGACAGCGAUGAGUCUGAUUCGGACUCGGAAUCGAGUGAUAGCGACGACGAGGAAGAGGACAAGCCCCAGUCCAAGAAGCAAAAGACCAAUGAGGCCGCUAAAGAGGACUCCUCCUCCUCCGACGAGAUGGAUGUCGACUCUGAUAGCGACAGCGACAGCGACAGCGGAUCUUCCUCCUCCUCCUCCGGCUCUGACUCUGACUCCGACUCCGAUAGCGAUUCCGAUAGCGAAUCUAACAGCGAAUCUGACAGCGACAGCGACAGAGACAGCGUAUCCUCUGAGGUCAAAAAGGCCGCCGCCGUCGCCCUCCCCGACAGCGACAGCGACUCUUCUUCCUCCGACUCCGAUUCUGACUCCGACUCAUCCUCGAACUCCUCCGCCUCGGGAAAAUCCAAGCCCAAAAAAGAGAGCAGUAUCAAAAAGGACUCGUCCGACUCGUCGGUGACGCUCGACCGCGCCUCACCCGCCGAGCCGCCCCUGCCCCCCGCGCCAACCGCCACCUCCACCAAGCGCAAGAACAAUGAACGCUUUUCCCGCAUCGCCAAAGACGUCAAAGUCGAGGCGCGCUUCGCCUCCAACGAGUGGGUACCCAUGGACUACUCGCAGCGCGCUCACGAGGACCUCAUCGUCACCAAGGGCAAGGGUUUCACAAAGGCCAAGAAUAAGAUGAAAAAGGGCAGCUUCCGCGGCGGCAUGAUUGAUAUUACCGAAAAGAAGAGCAUCUACUUUGAGGAUUAA